AUGUGCCCUUUAGCAAUUCCAUCCUUCUUAUUAUCAUCAGAGGAUAGCUGCUUAAAGAAGAAAGCUCACGCAUUCAUCCUUAAGUCCAAAAUUGCUACAACAUUACUCGGAGGUAUCUGCGGCUUUUGCAUUUACUUCUCCAUGUAUGGUUUCAGAAAAGUAUUCUCUGCAGUAGAAUACGCAGAUGCUCCAAAGGUUUUCAAGCUCGAGUUCAAGAUUGCUGCAAUCUUAUUACAAUUAUUCGGAUACAUGUUAUCAAAAUUUGCCGGUAUUGUCCUUGUCUCCGGCCUUGAUCCAAGAAAGCGUCCAUUCAUUCUUGUCACAUUCAUUCUCAUUGCUGAACUCGCCCUCGUCGGUUUCGCCGUAAUCCCUCGUCCAUACAAUGUUAUUUGCAUGUUCUUCAAUGGCCUUCCAUUGGGUGUCUAUUGGGGUAUUGUCUUCUCAUAUCUCGAAGGCCGUCGUACAACAGAAGCAUUAGCAUGUGCUAUGUGCUUUGCUUUCAUUGUUGCUCCAAGUGCUGUCAAAUUAGUUGGCCUCCAACUUGUGAAACUUGGCGUUUCAGAAUUCUGGAUGGCUGCCGCAGCAGGUGCAAUCUUCCUCCCAAUCAUUUUCCUCUUUAUCUUCCUUAUCGAGUUACUUCCUCCACCAGAUGAAGACGAUAAAAAGCACAGAACAGAGAGAAUCCCAAUGACAAACGCCGACAGAAUCGCCUUCUUGAAGCUCUUCUGGCCUGGUAUCAUUUGCAUGACACUCUUUGCCCUCACAUGCACAUCAUUCAGAGAUUACAGAGAUGAUUUUGCCAGAGAACUCUUCAAGGAAAUGGAAAUCCACGACUUCUCAAAGUACUCUCAUACUGAGAUCAUUGUUGGCUUCUGUGUCAUUACUCCAAUUGGUCUUAUGAUGCUUAUCAAGAGCAACUUCAUUGCCUUCCUCGGUUAUCAUGUUGCCAUCAUCAUUAUUGAUGUUGCUUUUGGCAUCACAACUUACCUCUACCACCAUGGAAAGUUCGAUCCAUUUUUCUGGAUGGUCAUGGCAGGAAUUGCUGUCUACAUUGGAUACGUUCCAUAUAAUGCUAUGAUCUUCGACAGAAUGGUUGCCACAUUCAGAAUCAAGUCCAACUGCGGCUUCCUUGUUUAUGUUACAGAUGCUUGCGGUUACGCUGGUAGCGCAAUCAUGCUUCUCUUGAAGAACUUCGGUGGAACAUUCAACUACCUCGAGUUCUUCAAGAUCUUCGCUUAUGUCAUGGCAUUCACAGGUGUUUCUAUCCACAUUAUUUCUGCCAUCUACUAUGCAAUCAGAUAUAAGCAGUUGGAUAUUAAGAAGAAGGAAGAAGAAGAAAUUAAUAAGCUCGACAACUCUUCUCUGGAUGAAAAGGCUGAUAGCUCAUUAUCAGUCUCCACCCAAUCAACAGUUUCAAAUGUUGAGGAGAGUGAUGCUACUACAGUUCUCGAGGAAUUGUAA